AUGCAGUCUACUAGUACUAGCCCAAGACUACACCGUUACAAUACCACGGAUCACUUAACUCGCACUGUUUCAACCUAUGAUGGUGAUCAAGAUCUUUACCCAUCUGAUAUUGAAUUGUCACCGACGUCAACAACAUCAAACUUAUUGGCAGUACGAGUUGAUCCCGUUGAGAAAGUUGAGCAAGAUGCAAAAGAAAAUGAAGAGCAAAGUGCGGUAGAAAUCGUUGAACAACAACCAACGACAAGAGAAGAAAGCUUCUCAUUUGUCAGGUCAGAUCAUCCAAAAGGAAGCGCGAAUUGA